AUGGUGGAAAGAGACGGGAAGCAAACGCCCAUAUAUUACAUCAGUCGAGUACUGGCUGGACCCGAAACGCGGUAUCCAACCCUGGAAAAGCUGGUCCUAGCACUAGUUCAUGCCACCCGGCGAUUAAGAAGAUAUUUCCAAGCACACUGCGUACAGGUCUUGACGAAUUACCCGCUACAACAAAUUUUACACAAGCCAGAGGUCUCCAGAAGACUGGCAAAAUGGGCAAUUGAACUAGGCGCCUUGGUUAUUGAAUACCAAAAACGAACAGCAGUCAAAGGGCAAGUAAUCGCCGACUUCCUAGCUGAAAUUCCUGAAGGAGAAACCAUAGUGGACCCCGCCAUCCGGGACGUCCCGGAAUCUAGUACUGCCCGGCAGCCUUGGAAAUUAUACACCGACGGGUCAUCAAGCGGAAAAGGGUCCGGGGCUGGGUUAAUGUUAAUAAGCCCAGACGAGAUAAGGCUGAUGUAUUCCUUACGUUUUGAUUUCGAAUGUUCCAACAACGAAGCAGAAUACGAAGCACUACUUGCAGGUUUAAGAAUGGCCCAGUCCAUGGGAGCCACAAGGGUUGAUGCAUAUGUUGAUUCUUUACUGGUUAACAAUCAAGUAAACAAAACAUACGACGCUAAAGAUGAAUCAAUGGGAAGGUACCUGGAAAAAACGAAGGAGCUCAUGGCUUCCUUUGAUAACGUCACGCUCAACCACGUCCAUAGAGUCAAAAAUCAGAUAGCAGAUGCCCUCAGCAAACUCGCCACCUCAGGCAUGGAAAAAGAAGUCAAAGUUGAGACGCUACAGGCACCAUCAAUCGAACCACGGAAUGUUUCUGCCGUCACAACGGAAGAACCGUGCUGGUACACCCCAGUACUAAAAUUCCUCAUCAAUGGGGAGUUACCUCCCGCUAGGGGCGAAGCACAGAAGGUACAAACAAAGGCAUUGCAAUAUGAAGUCAAUAACGGCGUCAUGUAUAGAAAGUCAUACUUGGGGCCACUUUUGCGGUGCGUCUCUCCAGCAGAAGCAAAGUACCUGAUCAGCGAGAUUCAUUCAGGUUUAUGUGGCAUUCACGUCGGACCCCGGGCAGUAGUGGCCAAAAUCCAUAACGCCGGGUAUUAUUGGCCCUGGAUGCACGAAGACGCCAUAGUAGAACUCAGGAAAUGCCGUAGUUGCCAAAAAUUUGCUCCCCAAACACUCAGUCCCAAGAACAACUUAAUACCGGUUACAGCGGCAUGGCUUUUUCAAAAAUGGGCCGUGGAUAUCGUGGGACCUUUCCCACCAGCCCCCGGAAAGCUAAAAUACUUGAUCGUGGCGAUCGAUUACUUUACCAAGUGGGUGGAAGCCAAACCUUUGGCUAAAAUCACGGCAGAUAACGCCAAAAAGUUCCUUUGGGAACACAUAGUAUGUCGAUUUGGAUUGCCGUUAUAUCUAGUGAGUGACAAUGGAACACAGUUUACUGACAGGAUUUUUCAAGAAUGGUGCGCCGACCUUAAAAUCCAGGAGAUCUUCACAUUAGUAGCCCACCCCCAAGGAAACGGCCAGGUGGAGCGGGCGAACAGAAGCCUGCUGGAUGGUAUAAAACGAAGAUUAGGUUAUGAAGGAAGCUCCUGGGUGGAGGAACUGCCAAACGUCCUCUGGGCACAUCGGACGAUGCCUAAGACAAGCAAUAACGAAACCACUUUCAGCCUAACCUACGGCGUGGAAGCAAUGAUACCCGCAGAAGCGGGAAUGCCUUCACUACGCCGCCUAGCCACAGGUGACGACAAUGAUAAGCUUCUACGGGAAGGCCUAGACCUACUCGAAGAAAGGCGCAAAGCAGCCACGAUCAGCGAAGCAAAAUACAAGAAGACAUUAGAAAGGUACUACAACAAAUGCGUGGAAAAACACGUUUUCAAAGAAGGCGAUUACGUCAUGCGCGAUAAUGAAGCAAGCAGGGUGGAACCCCUAGGCAAGCUGGGACCCAACUGGGAAGGCCCCUACGUCAUCCAAGAAGAGCUGGGCAAAGGGGCCUAUCGCCUGUCCAGACUGGACGGUACCACUGUGCCGCGUAGUUGGAACAUAGCCCAACUGAGAAAAUGUUACUUGUAG